UAAACAAAGAUGGCGUCGGCGAGUGACAACAACUAAUUUGGCUAAUUUAGUUUUUUUUUUAACGGUUACACCUCUGUUUUAUUCUUAACAUUAUUGUAAUGAAUGCGAAUAGUCUUCGACGCCAAACAGCAUAUCUGUAGAACAACGAAUUUCCAUCUAAACUGCAUACUUUCAUUUAAGAAAGCUGCGAGCUACGGUUGGAGAUUCACUUUGGUUUGGUAACAGUCACAGGGGUCAUAGAAGGUUAGGUUAAAUAGUCUGCAAUUUACAACAAGUCUUUAAGGGAGGAAACCUCCACUCAGUUUGAGAGAUCCACUGAUCAGUUCGAGGAUUGACUUGAGUUCUGUGUGUCAGAGGAUGAAAAUCGCUUUGCUUGGAGCCACUGGGCAAACUGGACAGUAUCUGGUCAAACAGGCACUGGAGCAGGGUCACACAGUCACCGCCAUCGUCAGAAACCCAGCAAAGCUCACAGUGCAUCAUGACAACCUCAAGGUGGUGAAGGCUGAUAUUUUCUCAGCAGACAGUCUGAAGACUCAUUUCAAAGGACAGGAUGUGGUUAUGUCCUGCCUCGGCUUCCCAGCAUCCUUCUUUUCGGGGGUCACAGGCUACACCAUGUCCAUGGCUGCGGUGGUCAGUGCCAUGCAAGAAACUCGUGUCAACAGGGUCAUCACCAUGACUUCCUGGUACACCGAUCCUAACUCUGGAACUCAGUCUUCAUACUUUAUCCGGUUCCUGCUGCUGCCCCUGAUCAGAAGUGUCCUCACCAACAUGUAUGAGAUGGAGCACUUCCUGAAAAAGACAGAGGACAUCAACUGGACAGUAGUUCGACCCCCUGGCCUCAAGAACCUGCCAGCCACAGCUCAAGAGUUUCUGACCCAUGAGGGAUACUUUGUGCCAGAGAGCAACGGUCAGCCGGCACGCAGCGCAGUGGGAAGAGGCGACGUGGCUCGCUUCAUGCUCUCUCUGCUCAACAGUAACGCCUGGGUCAAGCAGGGAGUCGCCAUCACCACUAAGUGAAGAGGAAGAUGCCAGUGUCAGCUCAUCAAAAUGACAGAAAAAGCAAUGUUUCAAAUAAUGUUUUUCAAAUAUUAAUGUUUUAGUCCAAAAAGCUGUUUUUACAAAAUUAAAUCCUCACAGCAUCCAUUCAUAAAUACUUUACAUAAGCUUUGAAUCAGUAUGUAUAGUAAUGUCACCCAUGUCUGCAGUUCUGAUUAGCUUUACAUGGCUAUUUAAGUGCCUAUAAUAUGCUUGUUUGUGCUGUACAUUUUUUUUAUCGUUUUUUUCAUACCCUUUUUUAAAGCUUCAGUCUGAAAUGCUCCAUUUUAAAGACUCCCUCUUGAAAAGCAUAGUGUUAUUCUCUCUUUCAGUAGCAGUAAUAAUGAAGUGGUAAAAAUCAGCUUAAUCACUGACACUUCACUUUGCUUAGAUUUUUUUUAAAAGUAGUGCAAAGGGAAUUAGGUUUUAACUAAAGCAAACAACACUAUAAAGACAGGCUUUUCAAAAACUCAAAAAUUUCAGUGUUGUAAACACUGCAAACAAAAGCCUGACUGUGCCCGGAAUUGAUCUAAAUCUUGAACAUGAAGCAAAUAAAGCCAGAACUGUCUUCAUGGUGAGUUACAGCCACAGCUGGAGGAGGAAAACGUGUUUUUAUAAUAUUGGAUGAACUGGCACUUCUAAUUUCUAACAGAUUUGGCCUUUUUACUGCCUCAUAUCAUCCACCUGAUGAAUGUCUUUUUAUUAACUUUGGUUUAACUUUUUGCUUUUAUGUGUUGGAAAAACACAUAUAUUAUUGUUUGUGUUGCUAUUAUCAUUGACAGUAUGUUGACAGAAGGCAAAAAGUAUAGUUACUCUCAUAUUUACAUGUGCGUGUAGUAACCACUGCAGUAUCGUGCCAUAUUUAAUUAUUAAACAGUAACUUGAUUUAACAAAAAUAUGUCUAUUUUAUCUUACAUAUUCUAGUAGAUUUCUCUUCAUGAGUGAAGAUGCGUUACACCAUUUAUUAACUGAGUACAGGAAGUACUUUAUGUCAAAGAAAGUUUCCAGGCAGGUCUGAAAAGUUGAACGACCUCUGAACUCUCCUGAUCUAAGAAGAAAUUAAGACAUGCAAGGCAGUAAUAUGCUGUGACGUCAAAGAAGAUGUUUGAUAUGAGCUGUCAAAGAAAAUGUCAGCAGCUUAUCAAAUCUAAAUCUUAAUUCCAGGUUUUGGCUACACAUGGCUCAUUGCUCAGCUGCAGCAUUUUUAUUGAAUGAUGAGAGAACUUUAUCCAGGAUUUCAGCAGUUAUCUCACCAGAUAGUGACGUAUGCAAAAAGCCAGGAUAUUUGAGUUACUAAAAUUUUUUAUACAAGGAUGAAACGAUCGCAUUUACAUUCCUAAAAAUAUUCAAGCCUCAUAUUCAGAUUAUUAGUGACUUUUUAGUUAGUUUUUACAAGUAACAUAAACAAGCAUAGCUUAUGAACAGAAAAAUCAUGGAUGUUCUUGCAUGCUAAAUGUUUGUAUUUACCAUUCUGUUAUUGCUCACCCUCUAGACCCACCAUUUGAGUUAUGCUGAAGCGAAAAACAAGGUUCAAGAAUGCAUUUUGCUUUAUUUCUUAAUGUAAAGGAAUUUUUAAUUUGGUUUGAGGAAACUAUAGGCAUGUCAUUUUAUCACAAGGACCAGCAGGGAUAGGCAACAACAUCCAGAAACAACAAACAAAUAAAUAAUAAUAAUAAUAAAAAAAAGUGAUCGACAUUGUGCAAGACCUAAAUUCAGGUGUUGUCUCCAUUUGUGCUUUUAACUAUUGUCUUUGUGUUUGUCCAACUGUUGUCCAUUUGUUUAGCUUGUUAGCAUGCUAGCACUUCCUAGCACUAAGUUCAGCAGAAGAAAAAGUUAUUAAAUGCUUUAACUAGAUGACAGAACUCAUAUGCAAAUAAAAAUAAUGAGGUUAGUUACGUAGAUUUGCAAAAGUGUAAACCAUUUAAGAAUUGUUCUCUAACUGGGGCACUGUACAAGUACCUGCCAAAAUGACCCUUUUACUCUAAAAUUUAUUUAAAUCAUUAUUAUGGUUCUUCAAGCAUUCAUUUAAAAGGAGUAUUCUUCGUUAUGGAGGAUGAACAAUUUUGUUGUUAAAAAAGCUGGAUAGCAAUUUAUGACCGAGACUUCAAAACAACCAAUAUAAUUUCAAACUGGAUUGAACCGGCUGUAAAUGCUUGGAAGAGAUUAUCACACCAUUUAUUUAUUUUUUCUGUCAUAAGACGAGUAGCUGCAUUUUGUCCAGUCUGCAGGCGAAAAAAUGAUGACUGAACUUUUACACUAAUUUUAAGGCUGGAUUGUCAUAACUCGACCCGGUUUAGUUGUUAACAGUGUUAAUAGUUUUUUGGCAACCAUGGUUACAAAGUCAAGCUAUCGGACUAAAUUUUCAUAAGGUUUUCAGAUAUUUGAUAAAAUAAUUUUCACAUUUGAUAAUUAAACAAGAUGAGGAUCAUUUACACAACUUGUCAAUCUAUAUGCAGAUACUUUAUUGCCAGUUUAUAGUUUGUCUUUUUCUUCUUUUUUUAACAAUAUAUUAUAGAAAUCUUUAAUCAGUCAAAUGUAGCAUGAAUAUGCUCAUCUCAGCAGUUUACCAGUGUUAGUAGUAAUGGAGGUGAUUGUUAAGUAGAUUGUCAUCUGAGAGUUUCUGAGAAAGUAAUAAUGAAAGAAAAUAAUUAAAUGUCUUUAAUUCUGUUGUCCAAAUCACCUGAAUUUUAUAUUGACAAUCAUGGAAAAUCUAUCACAAAAUAAAUAUUUUCUUUAUCUGUCAAACUGUACAUAGAGAAGCAGAAAUUCAUGUGUGAUUUACAAUUUGCACAUAUAGUGAUUAACUAAAUACAGACACCCGAUGUUAUUUUUACAUUAUAAAAACAACUACUACCAGUUUUCAAGAUAAGGAUUUUCUCAUGUACACAACUUGUAACCUAGCGCUGUAAAACCUUUAAAUAGAUACUGCUACACCAGAAA